CAGGAUGAUUCCGGAAAGUAAUCAUCGACAGGAUGGUUGCACGGGCCGGAAAGAGCGCUCUGCUCUACGCCACGUCUUUCACGAUCUGCAACAAGCACCUGCUGACGGCUUAGCAUGCAGUUACUGCAAAAAAAUAAGUCCGACCCUGGCAGCAUGCUCCUGGUGCUUGUCAACGCUUUAUUGUGAUGUGUGGCCUAGGACUCACAACUCAGGCUGUAGACGCUUGGUUGCUGGAGAUGGGCCGCGCGGCCUUUGCUGCUUCCUCUGCCCCCGCCGCUUUCCGUUUUCUUGAACCUCGAACGACGGUGCGCACUCUGGACGAAAUCCAUCUACCAGACCCCGCGUUGGACGGUCUUAAGACGCUUAGCAUUCUAGCAAAGGGCAGCAUUGAACAUCUUCGGCGAAAACAGAAACAAUGUAGGCCUGGGUGCUCGUCUCCUUCUUCCUCGCCCUCCACAAAUUCGGUUGCCGCCCGCAUGUACUUGAAAGCCCUGGCAGUUCAUGCGCAGCUGUGCUCUGGUCAUGAAGAGAGCCGCGUCAAGCAGAAAGUAGUCGCCAAAUCCAUCCUGGAAGCCUUGACUUCGUAUCAGGAGGCUGCACUCCAUGUUCCCACUUGGACUGUCCGCCUGCUUGUCAUUGCUGGGCGCUUGCUCACGUCCCUAAAACAGCGGCCCCAGGCCAUAGCGUUGCUUGAGACCUACUUACCCCUCCUUGACGCGUCUCCCAUGGCGGCACCUUUGAUUAAGGCCUACUUGUGGCUCUACUACACCCAGCUGAAGUACUACGACCUGGGCGCCUGCUGGGACCGGGCUUUCAGGGACCAGGGCGAGGCCGCAGCCCACGUUGCGGUCGUCUUCCGCCAAGCCCUGUUGCUACUCAACGAUGCCCGGGAAAUUAAUCGAAAACCAAGGCCCUCCUCUGUUUCCACCUCCUCCACUUCCUUCAAUUCUUCGCCCUCAACCUCUCCUCCAUGCUCCCCCAUGCCCUCUCCCCCUCCCUCUCCCUCCUCAUCCCCCUCCUCUCCUGUGGUCUUCUUCGAGGCGUCAUGGCAGAUGGAAGCUCUCGUAGCCACAGCGAGUUUCCGGCUGGCGGACUUGCUUCUCUCCCCGCUGAGUGGCUCGAGUGGGAGGAUCGAACCAGCAGCAGCUCGAGAGGCCCUGGCGCUCUGUCGCACGUGUCUUCAGAAUGCGGCCCCUCUGCAUUUUCGCAGCCUGCGUGUUUACCUAGCAACCGCCUUGCGCGCGGCGGGUGAAGGUGGGGUGGAAGAGGCUGCGGCCGAAGUAGAGGCAGAAAGGGCCCGGCGGGCAGGGAGGGAAGGGGGGAAAGAGCGCUCCUCUUCGUCCCCGUCCUUGCCCCGCUCCGCCUCUCUUUUGAACAUGCGAGGUCGCGAGAACGUCUGGCUGUUGCCGGAGGAGUCUUGGUGGGCCAUGUGUGGUCGCUUUUACCACAAAUACAAGGAGCCCGAUCCUGCGCUCCAAGCCCCUUGCACCUCUCCCCAGCAAGCUUCGCUCCCGGUGCUUCGUUCUCCACAAGCGCUCGAGCAGGCGCCGAGGCAUCACUCGAUUUCACCCCCAAGGUCUCCAGAGUCCUGUCGAGACUUGGAUAUUCCCAGGUCGGAGGGCGAGGGCAGGGUUGAGGUGCGGAGAGACACGGUGGUGUUGCAGGCGCCGACGCCACGCCCUCGCAAAGACCUGACUGUUGCCGCCCUCCUUCGCGCAGCCCGGCCUCGGCCUCUCGCUUCCCCGCCCAAACUGGAAGACAGUGGCUGCGGCAUGACGUCCAAUAUCGACCAAGACAUGGAGAGGCUCACGCUCGCGAGGUGUGUGCCCCCUCACAAACGUCACCGCACCCAAGACCAGGCUCUGCGCGCGCCGCUGGGACACUGCGCUGCCGUGUCCUGGGAAGCUGUCUCGGCCAAUGGAUGA